UGGCGAAUACUAUUUGGUAAUAUCUGAUGUGUAAGUCAGGAUGGAACCAAAUGAAUACCUCCUAAUAUUUGGGUAGUUCCCUGGGAUAGAGAGGAGAGCAGUUUGAUAUUAUUGCAAAGCUAUAUUUCCGCUUCGACUUUAUGACAAGCGAAGAAGAUAUAAGCGAUCGAGGAUUUAAGAGGAACAUUUAUGCCAUUGAAUGUAAUCCUCGUGCUCAUACCGCAGUAGUCUUGUUCGGGCAACAUGGUCCAGAGGCCUAUGCGACGGUCCAAGCUUACCUUACCCUUGUUCAAAGGAAUAGAAGAACGAGUACUAUAGAUUCAAUGACCGAUAAAAAGCUUCUAGCUGGCACUGAAGGAUCGAUAAUCUUUCCGCCCACAAACGCGCAACUACGAUAUUGGAUAGGACAUGAUCUGGUAACCCUUUUUCUUCACCCACUAUUUCGGUAGAGUAUCGGAUUGGACAACUAUAGACACGUUAUAACGAAUGUCCUUGAAUUUAUUUCUCAUGUGCUAUUAUGGAA